AUGUUUUCGCAAAUUUCGAACUUCUUUUCCUAUACUUCACAAGACAUAAAGGAGAAUAAUGAUUCGACCGAAAAUGAACACGAUUUAUCUAGCAGAGUAAUUACUAGCAAUUUAGAGACAUCCAUCCCGCAAAUGACUAUAUCGGGCUCCAAUGAGGACGAUGACGAUGAUGAUGCUCCUUUGGAAUUCCCACUCCCUGAUGGACCACAACGCGUAAAAACAAUUGUUUCGUCUUCACUAACAACCAUGUCAACUUCCAGUAAGCCUACGCCUUUACAGAAAGCUAACAAAAAGCGUCAGAAAGUUGCUUUGGAACCAGGUCACUCGACUUUAGAUUGGGCGAAUUUAAAAAAUAGUGGCGUUGAUCUUAGGGGAGUUCCUGGAUUACGCAAGUACACUAUGGAAGAAUUAAGGCAGCAUAGAACAGAAAGUGAUGCCUGGACAGCAUUGAAUGGCACAAUAUAUAAUAUUACACCUUAUCUCAAAUUUCAUCCAGGAGGGGAAAAAGAAUUAAUGCGUUGCGCAGGUCGGGAUGGGACAAAAUUAUUCAUGUCUAUACAUUCAUGGGUAAAUUAUGAGUUUAUGCUUGAUAAAUGCGUGGUAGGAUCUCUAAUCAGCGAUAAUGAUGGACCGUCUUCACGACUUGAAGUUUGA